AUGAGGAAACUGAAGCCCAGACAGCAGGAGUGUCGUGGAGCCCAGGACUUACAACUGGGCCGGCGGCGGCGACUGCCCCGAGGGACGCGGCCCUAGGCGGUGGCGAUGGGGACCGUCCGGAUCGCGCCCGGCCUGGCGCUCCUGCUCUGCUGUCCGGUGCUCAGCUCCGCAUAUGCGCUGGUGGAUGCAGAUGACGUCAUGACCAAGGAGGAGCAGAUCUUCCUGCUGCACCGAGCCCAGGCCCAGUGCGAAAAGCGGCUCAAGGAAGUCCAGCGGAGGCCAGCCAGCAUAAUGGAGUCAGACAAGGGAUGGACGUCUGCAUCUACCUCAGGGAAGUCCAGAAAAGACAAGCCAUCAGGGAAGCUCUACCCAGAGUCUGAGGAGGACAAGGAGGCACUCACUGGCAGCAGCCACCAAGGGCGCCCCUGCCUGCCUGAGUGGGACCAUAUCCUGUGCUGGCCUUUGGGGGCACCAGGUGAGGUAGUGGCCGUGCCCUGUCCCGACUACAUUUAUGACUUCAAUCACAAAGGCCAUGCCUACCGACGCUGUGACCACAAUGGCAGCUGGGAACUGGUACCUGGGCACAACAGAACAUGGGCUAACUACAGCGAGUGUGUCAAGUUCCUGACCAAUGAGACUCGUGAGCGGGAGGUGUUUGACCGCCUGGGGAUGAUCUACACUGUGGGCUACUCCGUGUCGCUGGCCUCCCUCACUGUGGCAGUGCUCAUCCUGGCCUACUUUAGGAGGCUGCACUGCACACGCAACUACAUCCACAUGCACCUGUUCCUGUCCUUCAUGCUGCGAGCGGUGAGCAUCUUUGUCAAAGAUGCAGUACUCUACUCGGGCACUACCCUCGAUGAGGCAGAGCGCCUCACCGAGGAGGAGCUGCGCGCCAUCGCCCAGGCCCCGCCACCGCCCUCCGCCGCUGCAGGCUACGCGGGCUGUCGGGUGGCUGUGACCUUCUUCCUUUACUUCCUGGCCACCAACUACUACUGGAUUCUGGUGGAGGGGCUGUACCUGCACAGUCUCAUCUUCAUGGCCUUCUUCUCAGAGAAGAAGUACCUAUGGGGCUUCACAGUCUUCGGCUGGGGUCUGCCUGCCAUCUUUGUGGCCGUGUGGGUCAGUGUGAGAGCCACCCUGGCCAACACUGGGUGCUGGGACUUGAGCUCCGGGAACAAGAAGUGGAUCAUCCAGGUGCCCAUUCUGGCCUCCAUUGUGCUCAACUUCAUCCUCUUCAUCAACAUUGUCCGGGUGCUUGCUACAAAGCUGCGGGAGACCAAUGCUGGCCGGUGUGACACGCGGCAGCAGUACCGGAAGCUGCUCAAAUCCACGCUGGUGCUCAUGCCGCUCUUUGGCGUCCACUACAUUGUCUUCAUGGCCACGCCAUACACCGAGGUCUCAGGGACGCUCUGGCAAAUCCAGAUGCACUACGAGAUGCUCUUCAACUCCUUCCAGGGAUUUUUUGUCGCCAUCAUAUACUGUUUCUGCAACGGUGAGGUACAGGCCGAGAUCAAGAAGUCUUGGAGCCGCUGGACACUAGCAUUGGACUUCAAGCGCAAGGCACGCAGCGGGAGCAGCAGCUAUAGCUACGGCCCGAUGGUGUCACACACAAGUGUGACCAAUGUAGGCCCCCGUGCAGGACUUGGCCUGCCUCUCAGCCCCCGCCUUCUGCCUGCUGCCACCACCAAUGGCCACCCCCAGCUGCCCAGCUACACCAAGCCAGGGGGCCCGGCCCUGGAGACCACUCUACCUGCCAUGGCUGUCCCCAAGGACAACGGGUUCCUCAAUGGCUCCUGCUCAGGGCUGAAUGAGGAGGCCUCCGGACCUGAGCGGCCCCCUGCCUUGCUACAGGAGGAAUGGGAGACAGUCAUGUGACUGGGGAGCUGGGCUUUGGACCUAUGGACACAAGGGCAGAUGGACCAAGAGUCAGGUGGUUGGACAGUUGCCCACUCAGGGCUGGGGCUAAGAGAAAAAGUGGGGGAAAAAAAAAAGGAAAAGGAA